CAAUUGGAUCAUUGAAUUAUCCAAUAUAUAGUAUAUAUCUCAGGGUCCAUCCCAGAACUCGUCCAACGGUGAGUGUUUCAACUAGCGGCUCAGUUCACUGCAAACGGGCACGCUCUCCUUUUAAAGUCGACUGUGAAUCACAACGACUGACUGUCCGUGGAGACUGUCGAGUCAGUGACUCCCCGUACGUCAUUUGAAUCAUUUGGACAACUUUUUUUUGCCCCGGGUGCAACUAUUACUCCGCGCCUGCCUGUUCCUGCCCUGUGACUUCGUGCUGCUGUGGUAGCCAUGUCCGCUCCUCAGGCUGAGCAGCCCCGGGUUCACCCGCGCCGCCGUCCUUUAAAGAACGCUCCUCCUUCCCUUUCGACCUCCUCAUCGCCUGAAAACCACCUGCCAUGUCGCCCUGAAGUGCGUCUGAGAAAAGGAGAGACUUUCCAUUCAUCCAGCACCCCGCCGUCGGAUGAUCGUGAUCCGGUACUAAGCUUCCGGUCUUUACCCCGUCGCUCUCCUACAUGCCCCAAGAGUCUGGAGGCUAUCGCCGCUGGAGAGCAGCGUAUGGCUGAUAUCUUGGGUCGCCUCAGCCUCAACUCUCCUGGUUCAUCCGACUCCAACGAAGGCCAGCCCGGAGACGACCUUCCUGUUCCGCGAGGCUUCCUACAGGCUCACAUUGACUCCAACACCGCUAUGGAGAAGCACAGCAAGCGCACAUCCACCCCACCCUUGGCCCCUCCGGCUAAGGCCCGUAAAAGUCAUUACCACGCCUCUGACAGCGGACUGGGUACCUCUGUCAGCAGCAGCCAAGCUAUGUCGGCUUCUAACAACAGCAAAGUCAAAGCCGGUCAAGUGUCUUUUGAACACCUGGAGUCUGGUUCUUCCAGUGCACAGGGAACACAGUCAGCUAUCACCAGUUCAAUCUCAGGACCCGAGGCUCAAGACAAACGUCAGCUCAACUGGGCAGCUUGCAAGCAGAUUGAGCGCUUUAUUCUGGUCCCCAUUCUUAAGGAGGAGAGAUUAAAGCCAUUCCAUCCCCUUGUGCAGAGUGUCCCUCAGCGCAUUGUGGAUAAAGAAAUUGGCUGCCUGCGUGAUCUUGAAAAGACACUUUUGUGGUUGGCUCCGCAACACGCGGUUUCUAGAGCGUCGUAUCUCGGAUUUUGCGAAUUUACGAUACAGUGCCUUCAUACUUCGGUUCAUCACCUCCACGAGCGGGAUCAACGAUUGCCAACAGACAGACCUUACACUAACGGUUACUUCCUCGACCUCGUCGCGCAGAUUCGUAACUAUGCAGCAAUGAUUAAUGCAUCUAGGAACAGUUCCAGGGUUGCCCGGGGCUCCCCACAGCCUGGUGAAAAGGCUAGUGCAUCUGAGCGUAUUACUUUGGAGGGUGGCUUGUCCAAAACCGGACGUCCUGCGGAGCUUGUUGCCCACAAGGACGGCCAGUCUGUUUCUCUGCGGACAGGACAGCCUUAUGAUGAGAACGCCUUGCCUGCCUUCAAGCGAUCUCUGAGCGUCGAGUCCCUCGAUGAAGGGGUUGAACGCUCUAUGGCUCGUCGUAAGAAGAAUGCGCCCCCAAUGGACAUCAACCAAAAAUGCAAAGACUGUGACAAGGUCUUCAAGAGACCCUGCGAUCUUACCAAGCACGAGAAAACCCACUCGCGACCUUGGAAGUGCUCCGAGCCGACCUGCAAGUACUAUGGACUUGGAUGGCCAACCGAAAAGGAGAGGGACCGUCACAUGAAUGACAAGCAUUCCAAGGCACCCGCCUUGUUCAGAUGCAACUUCGAGCCAUGUACCUACCAGUCUAAGCGGGAGAGCAACUGCAAGCAGCACAUGGAAAAGGCCCACGGAUGGGUGUACGUGCGGUCUAAGAAUAACGGCCGUUCUGGCAGAAAGGGAUCCGCUCGAGCGACCCCCUCAACACCUAGCAUCUCAACCCCUGCCUCCAAGGCUGUUUCCACCCCAGCUAGCGGUCCCACCAAUUCCCCCUUCGACAUGGGGUACCCUCAAGACCCUCCUUUUUCAUUUGCGGAUCCUCCCACGCGAACUGGCGGCGAUGACUUCCCGCUGUUCUCCGAAAGUAACUCAUAUGAGGACCCAUCUGUUGGCAUCAAUGGAUUUUCUUUCAAUUUCGACGCGUUCCAGAACCAGCUUGAGGCCGGUGACCCCAAUGGUCUGAUUCCAUUGGACAUGAGCAACCGUCAAUCCUUCGACAACACGUCCGUCCCCGACCUAAUGGGCUCCUCGAUGGGCUUUGAAAACUCCCCCAACGCCUCGACAGACAACAACAGUCUCAACUUCGAUCUCGACUGGGGUCAUUUGGAUACUGCAAGCUUCGACGAUGAGUUUACCGCGAUGAACAUGCAGCUUCUUACGCCGGCGCAUUCCGUUGAGGCCAGAGGCAUGAACUCUUUCUCUCGGGAUCCCUCUAUCUCGAACCCAUCUCCACUUUCCUUCCAGCAGGGCAAAGUCGCCCUGUAUUCUCCUAGCUCGUGCCAAUUUGAGGAGAAUGCCCAUGACCUUUACGAAGCCGGGUACAAUGGCCCCAAGACAGGCAAUGACUUCACCCUGUAUGAGCACAAUGCCACCAUGGGCGCUGGUGGAGCCAUGAACAUGUCCAACGGCAACCACAUGGGCUUGAGGAAUCUCAACCAAAUGUUCCCUCCUCUUAGCACCCAAGAGAGUGUGGGAUACAUGAACCAGCAAUGGGCUCCUCACCACCCAAUUCCAAACGACAUGGACUUGGAAUUCUUGUGAUCAAUGAACUUAGGGAUAUAGGACAAGGGGCGCUUUGGGUUUCUUUUACUUUCUUUCUUCACUCAUUGUGAUGUUUCAUGGCUGUUUUUUGUUCUUUCUUAGCGAUUGUCAGACAACUUUUAUUAUCUUUUCACGCUGAUGCUUUUUGCUUGAACGACUUGUUGAAAACGUGAGGGUAUGAGCAUGAGCCCAACCCAUUUGCUGGCCGUGGUGCCAUGUGUUUAGAUUGUUUUAGAGCAGACCCAUACUGCCAGGAUUGAAAUGUACAAGAA